GCAUGUGUGGGGCUCCGGGUCCCUGUCUCCGCCGCCGCCGUCCGCGCCUCCCGCCGCUGGCCCGCCCCGGCCCCGGCCCGCGCCCCCGCGCCCCGCCACCGGCCCCGCCGGCCCCCCGCGCGAGAUGAUGGACGGCCGCCUCCUGGAGCACCCGCAUGCCCAGUUCGGGGGCUCGCUGGGCGGCGUGGUGGGCUUCCCCUACCCGCUGGGCCACCACCACGUGUACGAGCUGGCCGGCCACCAGCUGCAGUCGGCCGCCGCGGCCGCCGCCGCGGCCGCCUCGGUGCCCUUCUCCAUCGACGGCCUGCUAAGCGGCUCGUGCGCCGCCGCGGCCGCCUCGGUGGUCAACCCCACGCCGCUGCUGCCGGCCGCCUGCGGGGUAGGCGGCGACAGCCAGCCCUUCAAGCUGUCAGACUCGGGGGACCCGGACAAGGAGAGCCCGGGCUGCAAGCGGCGGCGCACCCGCACCAACUUCACGGGCUGGCAGCUGGAGGAGCUGGAGAAGGCGUUCAACGAGAGCCACUAUCCCGACGUGUUCAUGCGCGAGGCGCUGGCGCUGCGCCUGGAUCUGGUUGAGUCCCGAGUCCAGGUCUGGUUCCAAAACCGCCGGGCCAAGUGGAGGAAGAAGGAGAACACGAAGAAGGGCCCGGGGCGGCCGGCGCACAACUCACACCCCACCACGUGCAGUGGCGAGCCCAUGGACCCGGAGGAGAUCGCGCGCAAGGAACUGGAGAAGAUGGAGAAGAAGAAGCGCAAGCACGAGAAGAAGCUGCUCAAGAGCCAGAGCCGCCACCUGCACUCGCCCGGCGGCCUGUCCCUGCACAGCGCACCCAGCUCCGACAGCGACAGCGGCGGCGGCGGCCUGUCCCCGGAGCCGCCCGAGCCGCCGCCGCCCACGGCCUCCGCCAAGGGCCCCGGUGCGCCCGCCGCCGCCGGCGCCGCGCCCGCACCGCCCGGCGAGCCGCCCGCGCCCGGCACCUGCGACCCCGCCUUUUUCCCGAGCCAAAGAAGCGGCGCCGGCCCGCAGCUGCGGCUAGGCCGCCCCGCGGACAAGGACGCGGCCCCGUGCGCGCCCGGGGCGGCGGCGGCCGAGCGGGGCGCCGCCGGCCUGCCUAAGGCCAGCCCGUUCAGCGUGGAGAGUCUGCUCUCCGACUCGCCGCCGCGCCGGAAAGCCACCCCCGCCAACGCCGCCGCCGCCGCCGCGGGGCUGGACUUCCCGCCCGGGCUGCCGUGCGCGCCGCGGACCCUCAUCGGCAAGGGCCACUUCCUGCUCUACCCCAUCACGCAGCCGCUCGGCUUCCUGGUGCCGCAGGCCGCGCUCAAGGGCGGCGCGGGCCCGGAGCCCGCACCCAAGGAUGCGCCGCCCGCGCCCGCCGCGCCGCCCGCGCCGCCCGCUCAGGCCAGCUUCGCCUUCCCGGGGCCCGGCGGUGUUCCGGACUCGGCCUUCGCGCGCCGCAGCCCCGAGGCCGUCGCCUCCCCGGGGGCCCCGGCCCCGGCGCCUUUCCGGGACACGGCCGCGCCGGCGGCCGAGGGCGGCGGCGGGGACUGUGUGGACGCGGGGGCCGCCUGCCCAGCGGCCCCGCCGCCGCCACCGCUCGCGCCGUCGCCCGGGCCGGGCGCGCGGGCUCCCAGCCCCGCUUCCGAGCCAGCCGUCGGCGGGGCCCCCGAGCCCGGCGCCGCGGCCGGACCCAGCGCGCCGGAUGGCGAGGAGGUGGACAUGGACUGAGGGCGGCGGCGGCGGGGCCGAGAGAGGCGCUCAGCCGGCCCGCGCCCGCUCGCUCAGGCUCCGACUCACACAACGAAAUCAGGUGAUCGGCUUAGAAACACUGCUUUUUCCUCUGUCCUCUGUUUACUUGCUUUUAUUUUUAUUUUUAUUUUUUUAAAGAAAAACGCUGUAUCGAUUCGGACCUAGGCAGCAGCAACCCAGGACUUGGGGUGACACCCUCCUCCUCGCAAAGGAGCAAAAAAAAAAAAAAAAAAAAAAGGAAAAGAAAAAGAAAAAAUAGCCCCCACAGAACCCCACAACAAGAAUCCUCAGCCUUGUAAAAUGCAAAAAUGUCUAAGAAUAUUUAUAUAUGUACCAUUUUUGAUAAAUAAAGCUGGUCAAACGCAA